CCUUUUAGCUGUAAACCGGAAACAGCCCAUAUAAGGAGCCAUGGGGGAACCUAUAGACGUCCAGCUAUAGGAGAGCAGGCAGCAGCCAUACCUGCAGCCGCUGGCAGACAGCUGGAUUAUUUCAUCUGGAUUAUCCUGCAGCGUCACACAUCUGGUAGUCUGGGAGGCGGCGCAGCUCAGAGGGAGGGAGAGGGAGAGAUAUUUUCCUCCGCUCUGCAGUCCAGAACCUCUCAGAUGGAACCGGAACCAACAGCAGAACCGACCCAGAGCCGCAGCUUCAGGCUCGGUGUCUCGGUUUGGAGAUGUGAACUAGAGAAAUGGCAGAUGAUGGAAAAAACGGGGAGGGACAGGGCAGGAAGGACACAGGCGAGGGCAGCAGGACCUUUCAUGACCCUCACAGUCUCUUCCCACUUGGCGUCACGAAGCGGAACCAGUCCCGGGGGAUUGUGAUCCAUCUGACCGGCACCGAAGGGGAGUGGGACAGCUUGGAGGACGAUGAGCUCAUCUUCUCCCUGGACCACGGCGAGGAGAAGCCGCUUCCUGCGGAGGACGACAAAGACUUGAAGUCCCAGAACUUCCAUGUUCCUCUUUCCCCGUCAUCGCCUGGUUCCCUGGGGAACUGCUCUGCAGCGCCCCCUAGCUUCCUCUCCCCAGGGCCGCCCUCACACAGCCAGCGGCCCCUGGCCAGCCUCGUCAAGUCACUCUCCACUGAGCUUGAGCCGAAAGAGGGCUCCACCCUCAGACCCAGGCCUCUCCUCAGCCUGGUGAAGUCCAUCUCCACGGAGCUGUCCCACUCGGAGCCGGAGGUGUCUCAGUCCAGAUCGGACUCCCGUCUCAACCUCCACCUGUGGAAGCAGCUGACCCAAACCAAACCCCGGGGCGGUGGGGACUCUCGCACGGCCCCGCCGUCCCCCAGCGCUCUCUCUCCCAGCGCGGAGGGCCUGAAGGGGGGCUUCUUCAAGAUGGAGCUGGAGGACACGAAGAGGAAGCUGUCCGAGGCCAUGCAUGAGCCUCUGAGCAGCAUGUUCAGCAAGAUCAUGGGGGAAGACGGCGCAGGAAGCCCCAAACACCAGAGCAGGUCCACGGCGGCUCAUCAGGGGAGGGACGGCAGCGUGGACACCGUCCUCUCAGAGUCUCCGGUGAGGACCGGAAGGAGACCAGAUGGAGACGUUCUUCCCGUGUUCGACUGGCCUUCGGUCGGAGCGCGGCGCCGCCCGUGUCCCGUUCAUCACCAGCAGGAGCUGGAAAUAUGCGAAGAUGAUGACAUGAUGCAAGUGUUUGCCACUGAAGCUCCCAGGAGGGUCAGGAGGUCGCCUGGCGCCCCAGCACCAGACAGGUCCGGUCCGGAUCCUCAGCCUCCUCUGCCGUGCAUGAGUCUGUUCUGCGUGGCGGUUCUGUCCUACGGCUACUUCAUCCUUCCUCUGGGUCCGUACGUCUCGGGCCUGGCGUUGGGACUGGCUCUGGGCUUCCUGCUCGGCCUGUUCCUCAUUCGGAUCGGUUCGUCCGGCUCGGCUAACGCACGCAGACCGGCGCUGACCCAGCAGGGUGAGGCCCGUUUCCCAGGUGGCUUCAGCGCCGAGCCCGACGUCCUUCAGGGUUGGAUGAAUGAGAUCCAGGAUUACGACCCAGAAAUCUUCCACCCGGCUCUGACUCACUCCGUGUUCGCCACGCUGCAGGGCUGCAGCCUCCGUCUGGAUUACCCACGCUGCAACAUCAGGCGCCGCGCCGCGCACGACGACCCGCCGCAGGAAGUCGGCUUCAUCAAGACGCGCUGCUUCUGGCUGGCAAACAGCAAAGUCUUCCUCCUGCCGGCGGCGCUGGCUCGGAAGAGAGUCUGGAACCCCAAGUAUCCCAUCUGCAUCCAGCUUGGAGCAGAGGAGGACAGAACCGGGUCAGAACAGAACCUGGGUUCUCAUCCAGCACAGACUUCCUCCACGCAAGCUGGCGCCGCCCCGCCUGCGCUCUACCUCUUCGGACGCACGGGCCGGGAGAAGGAGGAGUGGUUCCGCCACCUCCUGUGGGCGUCUGCGGUCCGGGACGGGCCGAGAGCCGGCCGACGGUCCACCCGACCCGGUAACAAACGACCCGGCGCUCCGUCCCAGAGCGUCCCCGUCCCGAGGAGCCGAGGCCCCAGCAGCGACGAUGACAACGAGCCCGCCACGCCUGCCACCUCCUACGGUCCUGCAGUACCCUGCAGCGCCACAGGGGGACUUUCUGCACUUGAAUACCACAGCUACAUGGCCCGCCUUCUGGCUGCACAUGAGGCCACACCCCCAUGCAGCCCCAGGGCUAGCAGCACAGAGGCUAGCCCCACUGCUAACACCACCGCUAACACCACCUGCACCUGCGAUCAGGCCACGCCCCCCGGAGCCGGCUCCGCCUCCUGGGUCAACGCUCUGAUUGGCCGAAUCUUCUGGGACUUCCUGCGAGAGAAGCAGUGGGCCGACGCCGUCGCCCAUAAGAUCCAGAAGAAGCUGAGCAGAAUCAGACUGCCUUACUUCAUGAACGAGCUGACGCUGACCGAGCUGGACAUGGGCUGCAGCAUGCCACACAUCAUGGCCGCCUCCAGGCCAGAGGUCAACCACAGAGGCCUGUGGGUGCAGCUGCAGCUGGUUUACACGGGGAACCUGCAGAUGACGCUGCAGACCAAGUUCAACCUGUCCAAGCUGGGAAGAGAGAGCAGAGAGGAGACGGCACAGAGCGGCCCCGAAGCUGGAGGCCCCAGCUGCAGGCCCGUCCUCAGCGUGUUGGCGGACAGCGAUGAAGAGUCGUCCAGUGCUGCUUCUUCUGAUGAAGAGGAGCUGCUGCUGUCGGAGCCUCACUGUCCAGCUGGGGAGAAAGGCUCAGUGGCGCCCCCUGAAGGCGGAGGAAGAACCGGGAGGAAGAUUUUAAGAUUUGUGGACAAAAUCACCAAAUCCAAGUGUUUCCAGCGAGCGGCGGAGAACGAGUUCAUCAGGAGGAAGUUUGAGGAUUUGUCCAACACGCCCCUGCUGCUGUCAGUGGAGGUCCGGGAACUGUCCGGCACGCUGGUGGUCAACAUCCCAGCGCCCCCUACUGACAGGAUCUGGUACAGCUUCUGCGUGCCGCCCAAACUGGACCUGCAUGUUUGCCCCAAGCUGGGGCAGCGAGAGCUGAGCUUCUGCCAUGUGAGCGACUGGAUCGAGAAGAAGCUGCAGGACGAGUUCCAGAAAGUGUUUGUGCUGCCAAACAUGGACGACAUUUCCGUCCCACUGAUGCAUUCUGGGAUGGAUGAGUCCUUCAGCUCCUCCUGGGAGGAUCCGGCUGCCGCUCACUGCUAGUGCCUCGCUGCUGACGGAAACCAGGAAGAACCGAGUAAAACCAACAAACCGCCAUGUUUAAAAAAAACAGUUCAUCCAGUUUAAACAAGUUUACAUGUCAAUAAUCUGAUUUUAGUUAUUUA